UUUCUAACCAAGGUCUCCUUCCCCAGGCUGAUAUGGAGAACGACCUAGAGUCUCCGCUACCGCCAUUUGAAGGCUCAGGAGAUGAGGACCUGGAUGGCAUGCCGCCACCCCCACCCUUGCCUCCGCUGCCUCCGCCGCCACUACCAGGCAGGAAAAGGAAAGACUAUCCCUUACAAGGAUCGAAGGGCGAGAAAGGCGACUCAGGACCCAGGGGUCCCCCAGGGGAUUCAGUGACCGGUCCUCCAGGGCCCCCGGGCCUUCCAGGACCCCCAGGCAGAAGUUUUUCUUCAGAAAUGCCCGAUUACGGUUCAGGUGACGGCGAAGACUAUCUUCCGCUGGAUUUUAGUGGGGAAGUACGUGGACCACCUGGCCCCCGAGGGGAGUGCACUUGCAACAUGACUAGCCUGGUGGCCACCGUGAUAGCCAAGUUGCCCAAUGGUUUGCCCGGUCCCGAAGGUCCUGCUGGACGAGAUGGUAUGUCCGGAACCCCAGGGACCUGGGCGGCCAGGACCCCCAGGGGAACGGGGCCCUGGAGGACCACUGGGCAAGAAGGGAGACAGAGGAGAUUCUGGGAGUCCAGGUCCCGAGGGACUGCAGGGCCCUAAAGGUGAGUCUGGUGUGGACGGAGCGCCAGGACUGCCGGGUGAGCGAGGACCACAAGGACCUCCAGGACCUCCCGGAUGGGGCAACGCUGGGUUUGACCCUUUGUGGAAGCCUCGCACCA